GUAGCCGCAGCAUCAUGCCACAUGGAAAUGAGGGUUUCAAUUUUGGCAGCUAAAUAAAACCCUUUUCUCGCAUUCAUCCCUUACUUAUAAUAACAACGAGAACUUGGCACAGCGUAAAAAUUUCUUCAUCACUCCGUAGCACGAAACACAAACAAAAAGAAGUCUUAGAAAGUGUAGAGAAUUCCCUCCAGAACUGGUUCUUUAACAAUGGCAUUGGCAAGGAUUGCUAGAGCCAAUGUAAGAAGAUCAGGAGGUGCUUUUGGCAGUAAUGCGCUUGAGAAGGACAUGUUCAAUGAAAGACCAUAUACCACCAAAUGCUCCUUACCUUCCGAUUUAAACAUCAUAUCAGAUGGAAAUUCUUCAUAUGUUCCUAGAAUUAAGCAACAGAGUUAUAUGAAAUUUUCAAUGAGGGGAAUAGCAGGAACUCCUUACCAUCAGUUUCCUAACACAGUGAGGGUUGUAGAGGAUUCUGACUCAGAGAUGGAAGAUGAUCACCGAAGAUAUGCAGGACUAGAGGCAACAAAGCCAGGUGAAAAGCCUAGGGUGGUGGUUCUUGGUACUGGUUGGGCUGCUUGUCGGUUUCUCAAAGGCUUAGACACCAAAGUUUAUGAUGUUGUGUGCAUAUCACCAAGGAAUCAUAUGGUGUUCACUCCUUUGCUGGCUUCAACAUGUGUUGGAACCUUGGAAUUCCGGUCCGUUGCUGAGCCUGUCAGCAGAAUACAGACUGCAUUAUCAAAGGACCCCAACUCAUACUUCUUUCUAGCUUCGUGCACUGGAAUUGACAUGGACAAACAUGAAGUCUACUGUAAGGCAGUUAACAAUGGUGGAUUGCCUCGAGAGCCUUACCAAUUUAAAGUCGCAUACGACAAGCUUGUGAUUGCGGCUGGAGCUGAGCCUUUAACUUUUGGCAUCAAGGGAGUAGAAGAACAUGCUUUUUUUCUUCGCGAAGUGAAUCAUGCUCAGGAAAUAAGGAAGAGGCUUCUCCUUAAUCUGAUGCUUUCUGAAAAUCCAGGCAUAUCAGAAGAAGAAAAGAAACGCCUUUUACACUGCGUAGUUAUUGGAGGUGGCCCUACUGGAGUGGAAUUCAGUGGUGAAUUGAGUGAUUUCAUCAUGAAAGAUGUUCAUGAGCGAUACACUCAUGUUAAAGAUUACAUUCACGUCACGCUCAUUGAGGCAAAUGAGAUACUGUCAUCCUUUGAUGUUAGCCUUCGACAAUAUGCAACAAAGCACUUAACAAAGUCUGGGGUUCAUCUUAUGCGGGGAAUUGUGAAGGAGGUGCAUCCCAAGAAGAUAGUUUUGAGUGAUGGAACUGAAGUUCCUUAUGGCCUAUUGGUCUGGUCCACAGGGGUUGGUCCCUCUGAGUUUGUCAAAUCACUAAAUCUUCCCAAGUCUCCCGGUGGAAGAAUCGGUGUUGAUGAAUGGCUGCGUGUUCCGUCGGUUGAAGAUGUCUUUGCCCUUGGAGAUUGUGCUGGUUUUCUUGAAGCAACUGGUAAACCUGUGCUUCCAGCUCUUGCUCAGGUUGCCGAAAGGCAGGGAAAAUUUCUCGUGGGGUUGUUCAACGAAAUUGGGAAACAGAAUGGAGGCAAAGCCUUUUCUGCAAAAGACAUUCCACUUGGAGACACUUUUGUGUAUAGGCAUCUUGGGAGCAUGGCUUCAGUAGGUCGCUAUAAAGCCCUGGUUGAUCUACGACAGUCUAAGGAUGCAAAGGGGUUGUCACUUGCUGGUUUUACCAGCUGGCUGAUGUGGCGCUCUGCAUAUCUUACACGUGUUCUGAGCUGGAGGAACAGGUUUUACGUGGCAGUGAAUUGGGCAACCACUUUAGUCUUCGGCAGAGACAACAGCAGGAUAGGUUGAAACUUCAUAGCAGUCGAAGUAUCAAAACCAAUCAACCUUUUUGCCUCAUUAUUUUGGCUGAGUGUUUACCCUAUUGCAUUCUUUCUUUCUUUUUGAUACAAUGUAGAAUUUAUAUGAUGAUAUUGCAGAGUAAAAGUAUUACACGAAAAUUUAUUCUUCAUAUA